UUCUCGUGUAUGUAUGCUUUAAACGCAGCCCAAAUGACAUCACAUUGCUGCAGUGCUGCACUGUCCAUGAAGGGUGUCAGUCGUUUCCUCUGAUACCAAGAAAAUUUGUCCACUGGCCACUUGGCUCUGCUCUGCUCCAGACAUCAUGGCGUGACAACGUGUAUUCAUUUAUAUCGGGGCUCUUAUUACGCAGGUGGACGCCUGCAUGAGGAGCAGAGGCGCAUUUUCAAAGGCUGCCUGUUCUCUUUGGACGCAGCAAGAUUUCCUGCCACAUCCCGCCCGGAGAAAUCGACCGCAUCGCUUUGUUGAAGGAGCGGACAGACAAGUCAUGUAUGAAAACUAAUUGCUCGCAUGGGUACGCAUAGUAUAGAGAAGAAAGAGGAGGAAAAGCAGGGUAUCCGUGCAGGGGUGGGAUUCCUUCAUUGCGCUUCAGACGGAGGAAGUUAUGACAACAAAUGGCUACAGUAAUGGCAAACAGCUGCCAGUAAAGCAGGCGUGAUAACUGCGCUUGUAGUGCUGUAAUUACCAGAAAACCGGUGUUAACGGAGAGUUUUCGACCUUCCAGAUAUUUUUGGAGCCUGAAUUUGACGCCAACCUUCAAUUGUCAGAGGGGUUUUUUUUUCAAGAGCGCAAUCCAAAAGAGCCCCGGACUGCAGUUUUCUGUCCUGACUCCAUCCGUGCUGCAAUUCAUAACAAGCGUGAGAUUUAUUGGGAAUUUAAUCCACCGUAUCCCUGCGUUACAAACCCGUUACGCGGGGGACUUGAUACAACCACGUACUGACGCUUUAACCCCUUUUGAACAGGGCUCGGACGCAAGCCUCGGACUCUCCUGAGCUUUUGGAUUUUUUUUAGGGGGGGGGGAGGAUUUCGGCUUUUCAUUUUCUGCCUUUAAGCCUCAAUCGGAUCGUACUGGGAUUUAAGGUGGGGUUUUAUCGCGACGCAGGUAACUGGAAGAUAUCCCACUGUCUCUUGUUGAUGACACUCCAGCGGCACAUUGUCGCUCAUCACGUCCGUUGGAUUCUUUUCAGCGCAAGCCCCCCUUUGCAAGAUCCUAAUGAGAAGGUUUUUACGCGUGAAUUUGGAAUAAAUGAACUCCCGUUGCAAUCCGAGAGUCGCUGUGAAUUUAUCCAGCGAGACAAGUGUGUGGACGGCGGAAAUCAUGUGCAAUAGGAUCAACCCUUCGGCAUCUGCUUUAUUAGUGCCACUUUUGACUGCUUUGAAGUGAACCCUGUGAGGAGCAUCCAAAGCGACACAAUAUUCUGGUGGUGUUUUCCUGUGACGCCAGAGAGAGUCGCCUGCCUCAGCUCUGACUCUCUGACCGCCAGCUGAUCAGCAUGCUGAUGUGAAACCUGCAAUGGAGACUGGGGCUUGAUAUCUGGACCUGGAAACUGAUUAACAAUGGACCGGCUGGUUCUGUGCGUGCUGCUGUGUGCAGCUCUGGUGAAGGGAUACAGCUGCCCCGGCCGCUGCAUCUGUCAGCACCUCUCCCCCACCCUGACUCUGCUCUGCGCUAAGACUGGUCUGUUGUUCGUGCCCCCCACCAUCGACCGCAAAACGGUGGAGCUGCGACUCACAGACAACUUCAUCACCAUCAUCCGCAGGAAAGACUUUUUCAACAUGACCAGUUUGGUCCACCUCACCCUGUCUCGUAACACCAUCAGCCAGAUCACCCCCCAUGCCUUUCUCGGGCUGCGGGCGCUGCGGGCGCUCCACAUGGAUGGAAACCGCCUCAGCGUGAUAAAGACCGACCACUUUAAAGGCCUCGUCAACCUGCGGCACCUCAUCCUUGGAAACAACCAGAUCCACCAGGUGGCCCCCACCUCAUUUGAUGAGUUUGUUUCCACCAUAGAGGACUUGGAUCUUUCCAAUAACAACCUGCGCAGCCUUCCCUGGGAAGCCAUAGCCAGAAUGACCAAUAUUAACACGCUCACACUGGACCACAACCUGAUUGACCACAUUGGAGCGGGGACUUUUACACUGCUCACCAAGCUGGUCCGCCUGGACAUGACCUCUAACAGGCUGCAGAAGCUGCCGCCAGACAGCCUGUUCCAGCAUGCUCAGGUCCUGUCUGAUGCCAAGGGAUCCAGCUCCUCCACGCUGGCUGUGAGCUUUGGUGGCAACCCUCUUCACUGUAACUGUGAGCUGCUGUGGCUCCGCAGGCUGACAAGGGAGGAUGAUCUGGAGACCUGUGCCUCGCCAGAGCACCUCAUGGACAAGUAUUUCUGGUCCAUCCAAGAGGAGGAGUUUAUCUGUGAGCCUCCUCUGAUCACAAAGCAUCUUUCCACUAAGCCCUAUGUGAUGGAAGGGCAGGGUGUGACUCUUAAAUGCAAAGCAGUGGGUGAUCCAGAUCCUGAUAUACACUGGCGGUCGCCAGACGGCAAGCUGGUGCAUAAUAACUCCCGCACUAUUCUGUAUGAUAAUGGCACCCUUGAUAUUCUCAUCACCACGCUGAAGGACAGCGGGGCAUUUAAUUGUGUUGCGUCCAAUGCCGCAGGCAUCGCCACAGCUGCUGUUGAGAUCAACAUGAUCCCCUUACCCUUGUUUGUUAACAACACAGGCCACAUGCGUGAGGACCCUGGCCUCUCAGACAUCACCACCUCCUCCAAAUCUGGCAAUGACACCAAGGGCUACGACAAGCAGGACAGGAGGGUGAUGGUCACCGAGCUUACCUCCUCCUCCGCUGUGAUCCGUUGGCCAUCUGAACGCCAUAUCCCCGGCAUCAGGAUGUACCAGAUUCAGUACAACAGCACGGCAGAUGAUACUUUGGUGUACAGAAUGAUCCCAUCUACCAGCAAGAACUUCUUAAUCAAUGAUCUGGCCGCAGGGCGGGAGUAUGACCUUUGUGUACUGGCGGUUUACGACGACGGCAUCACAUCAUUAACAGCCACACGUGUGGUUGGAUGUGUGCAGUUCCACACUGCCAGUGAGGUCAGCCAGUGCCGCUUCAUGCACAGCCAGUUCCUGGGAGGCACUAUGAUCAUCAUUAUUGGUGGUAUAAUUGUUGCUUCGGUACUGGUGUUCAUUAUCAUCCUGAUGAUCCGUUACAAGGCCUACAGCAGCCCAGAGGACAGUAAGACCAAGGUCAGUUCCAGCAUGCACUCGCAGACCAAUGGCAGCCAGCAGCGGCUCCAACGCUCCGCCUCCAAGCAACCGACUGAUGAGGGCCAGCGGGAAGCUCAUGCACCCAAAGAGUGCAUGGCGCUGGUACUAAGGGUGGACAAUGAGAAGAAGGAGGAUCCAGCAUCCACUACUGCCAUCUUGGAGGUGGAGCUGCCUCCGCUAAAUGCAGACAAGAUGAAGAGAAGAACCAGCCUGGAUGCACAGUGCUCUGGCCCCCCAUCUGAGGACACGCAGACGGACAGUAGCCUGACGGGCUCCACCAUGUCCCUGUGUCUCAUAGGCCCCAACGCUGGCACCAAGGAGGCUCCCAGGCUCAAGGACAAGAAAAAUGCACUGGCCAACAUGGGAUUGCUCCCUAAUGAGCUGGCACGAACUAGGCACAGAUUCUCUUUUGACGGAGGGGAUUACUCCAUUUUUCAGAGUCAUAGUUAUCCACGCAGAGCGAGGACGAGGUGGCACAAGUCCACCAACCAGCUCAACAUGGAGUCAUCGCCGCUCGCCAAUAGGAGAGUUACAUUCAGCAGCACUGAGUGGAUGCUGGAGAGCACAGUCUGAGGAGAGCAGUGUAGCCGAAAAUAAAACCGGUUCGGUCACACGUGGGACACACAUGUAAAAACACAAAUAUGUCUACAUGCCAUAUAACACAUACUUUCCCUGCACACAGCAGAUAAUGAACAUAAGCACAUUUACGUACACAUGCAAACUUUCUGUGAGUUGCUGGAGAAGAACACAGUCUCCCUUCAUCCUGCCUCCCCAUCAUACUCCCAGAGAGGUUUGUUGGCCAUGUCCUUUGUUUAUGCAGCAGUGCCUUAUUCUAAAAAAAAAUGUACGAAUGGAGGAUGCUGCUCACUGUAGUCAUAAACCGUCCUCUCUGUCAUUGCCUCCCGCCCAUUCUGAUAAUGGAAGGCGUUUCUUUGGAUUUUUUAAUUUUCUCCUUUUUUUUUUUUCUCUGUGACAUGCCAAGGGGGUGUGGCGUUUGGAUGUGACUGUUUAAUUGUUUAAAAAAAAACAAGAAAAAAAAAAUCCAUCAUAACUGUAAAGUGAACAGCCAGGUAUCCUGUUAUGUCAAUCAUGUUUUGGGUUCUUUCAGAAAAAAAAAACAAAAAAAAAAACUUUUGCACAGAAGACACGAGAUACAAGGACAAGUAUCACCACCAGUCUA